AUGAAUACAUCUUUAGAAAUGAAACCAAGAUCAAUAUCUGACUACACCAAUAAAAACCCAAAAAUAAAAAUAAUUGAAAUGCCAAAUAAUCAAAAUCAAACAUAUGCUUUUGAUGGAAAAAGGGGUGCAGAUAGAAAUUAUUAUGACCCAAAAAAAUCAAACUAAUCAAUAAUUUAAAAUAAUACUAAAGCUCAAAUUAAAGUAUAGGACUUUGGAACAUCAAUGAGUCCUUUUAUACAAUGUAAAAACCAAAUCCAAUCAUUUGGCAAUUAGUAAAUUCCUUGUGUACAGAAAAACCCAUUUAAACCAAAUGAUAUAUAUGAGAAAUAGUAUAAAGCAUAUCCCAAAUAAAACAUAACUUCGACUAUUAGAGAAGAAAAAAGUUAAUUCGGAAACAGUGUUAGAAGUGUUUCAGAAUAUAAAGCACCAACCCAGAAUUAAUAGAACAAUCAACUUCAAUAAUAUGAAAAUAGUAAAUUAUUUCAUUAGAAUCCUAAUGUUAAUAAGUUUAAUAUUUUCUAAUCAAAUUAUAUGAAAAAAUAAGACUCAUAAAUAAAUAAAGACUCAUAAAUGAAUCAAGAAUAAUUAGAAGAAACUAAUAUUUUUGAGUCUAAAGUUUUUACAAGAUAAGUUCAAUGCUAUACUUGUUUAUAAAAUAUUGAUGGAACUUAAUAUUAAUUAAAUUGCUAACAUAUUUAUCACAUAAGUUGUUUGCAGGAAUUAAUUAGUACACAAAUAAAAGGAUUUAAAUAAAAUCCAUAGCUUUCAUGCAUAUGUAAAUAAAAAAUUCAUAGAAUUCCAAAAAUUGAUGCUGAAUUUAAUGAAAUACAUCAAAAAGAAUUACUAUAAAAAUAAAUAGAAUUCAUCUUUUAUAAAAAUUAAUAGAUUUUCUAAACUUGCAAUCGCUGUAAUUUCUUUUGGAUUAACAAAUAAUCUUAGAAAAAUUAUAAUGCCAAAUAGUGUUGUAUGUGUGAUGAAAAGUGA